GUAUCGACCUUAACAAAGUGUUUGGAUUUGGAUUCUACGUGUGUGGCAGUGUAACCAGUGUUGAGGGUGAAGGAUGGUGUCUUUUGCAGGGUUACGAAGUUCGUUACCCUUUUCUGGGCUAAUCAGACAGCUUGAGCUAGAGAUGGAAACUGUGGUGAAGGUAUUGCAGCCUGGACCCUUGGGAAUCAUAGAGCAUAAGUUUUCUGCUGAGGAGAUUCAUAAGGCUAAUGCUACGGUCUCUAAAGCAGUGGCCAAUUGGAGAACAAAUGCAAUUUUGGAGGACAAAAAUCAUAUUUUAAAAGACUAUAUUCACAAGUGAAGGAAUUCCUGUUGUGCCCAUAUUAGCAGCUCUUGUAAGUUAGAUAGAACAACUUUGACAAAAUCUCUGAGGAAACUUUUAUUUUGAAAUCUUCCAAAUUUUAGUGCUGCCUUCCAAUUUUAAAUUGAAGGUGCAAAUUACUUUCGUUACUCAUUUGUGAUGAGAUGCUGUGCCUAUUUGUUCAGACUUGUUGAGAUGGAACAUAUUGUAAAUGCUGGUAACUUGAUGAUAAUUUGCAUGACAUGAGUUAAUAAUAUCUGAA